UUUUGUGGUCAAGGUGAUGGCGCUGCUUCGAGUCACCUCCAAGUUGUUGCCGUUGCGGUUACCGAUCUCAGCGCGGCGGCUGUCGGCGCUAUCAUUCGUGCCACAGCUACGUGUAUCGAUCCCUUCGUCACUACCUGCCAUUCACCAGUUGGUCGAGCGCUACGAGGUGCGGCGUGGAAUUCCAUUGGCGAUUUAUGCGCAUUCGGUGGCUGAAGCUUGACUAUGUGCCCCGUGAACAGCGAGACGUACAAACCUUCAAACCGAAUGAGAGCAUCCAAUCCGACGUCGUGUUCGCUAACAACCACCUACGGUAGGAGUGGUAUUAACGACGUUUGUAAGGACAGAAUUUAAUUCCAGUGCUCUUGCUGUGUUAUCAGAUUGUCAGGCAUUGACGUCGUCGGGUUCGAUUACGACUAUACGCUGUGCCACUACUCGGAGGAACUGCAGCAUCUCAUCUACGCUAUGGCCAGAGACUACAUGGUGAGCAAGUUACGGUACCCGGAAGGCGUGUCAGUGCUGCAGUAUGACCCGAGCUUUGCCAUUCGUGGACUGACGAUCGAUAAGCAGAAGGGUCUUCUGUGCAAGAUCAGCUCGCACCAAAAACUGUCAAACACGGCGGUAUUCCGAGGACGCCAGCGGCUCUCGCGGGACGAGGUUAUGGAACUGUAUGGAGGCUCCAGGCACAUUUCUGUGCACGACCGUGACUACAACAUGGAGCCGCUGAAUGACCUCUUCAGUGUGGCCCACGCGUGUCUCUUUGCCGAUGUGGUGCAGUACAUGAUCGAUCGCGAUAUUGAGUACGAGCCCAUCGCACUGGUUGAGGACGUUAACCAGGCUAUCACGAACGUCCAUCUGAGCGGAGAGAUGCACAAGGAGGUAGCACGGGACCUACCGAAGUACAUUGAACCGAACCCAGCGUUGAGACCGCUUCUGGAGCGCAUUCGUGACUCUGGUAAGAAGAGCUUUUUGUGUACGAACAGCUCGUUUCCGUACAUCAACGCUGGUCUGAAGUAUAUGCUUGGUGACGACUGGCGAGAGCUAUUCGAUGUGGUCAUAGUCAGCGCUCGGAAGCCUAAAUUUUACACUCGCCAACGCUCAUUCCGCAUGCUCGACAUCGGACACAAACAAGUGCAGUGGCAUGCUGUGCGUGCACUGCAUCGGGGUGAGGUUUACACGCAAGGAAGCGUCUAUCAACUAUCGAAACUCACCGGUUGGGUGGGCAGCCGUGUGCUCUACAUCGGUGAUAACUUGUUCUCGGACUUAGUUGAGCCCUCUCGCGCUAAUGGAUGGCGAACGGGUGCCAUUAUUCGCGAGCUGGAAGAUGAGAUGCAUGUGCAUCGAACGCCAGAAUACCAGCGACUUGCCUUUCAGAUCAGCAAAAUCGAGGAGUUGAUGCGCAGUAUCCAGAAUGAAUUGCGUUCGGAGCCCAUUCCUCAGAACCACGCGUUUGUCGACCAACUGGUCAAUAUUCACGAGGCGCUUCAGACAGAGAUGGAGAAUCUGGUCAACGUCAACUUCGGGUCGGUUUUCAGAGCAGACACGUACCCAUCGCAGUUCGCUUUCCUUGUGCAGCGCUACGUCGACAUUUAUUCUGCACGCCUAGAGAACCUGCUGGAGUAUCCCUCCAAUCAUACAUUUUAUCCUGAACGCAUUGCCAUGCCGCACGAGUACCCAGCGGAAGCACCGCGGUACGACUAAGGCCGCAGCAUCGUCGCUUCAAACCGUUUAGAGUGUCUUAAGCUCAAUUGUGUGGUAAUGGAAUCAAUUUAAGAUUGAUCAAGCAGGAGACGUGUCAUUUGUUGACCACUCCUGUGCCUCUGAGCAACGUUCACGUUGCGACCUACAUU